CGUUGGUGGACUGACGGGACACUCGCGCGACGCAUUCUCUAUCGAUCCGUCUCGCAAUGCAUCCUUUCAGUCCGUCGCUGCUGCUGCUGCUGCUAUCGUUCGCUACGGUGAACGGUGCGUUCCUAUCCAAUCUAAACGCCACCUGCUUCCGGUGCAUCUGCGACGCAUCCACCGGUUGCAGCACGUCCACCACCUGCAGACAGUCGUACUGCGGUCCGUUCUCCAUCUCGCGCGCCUACUGGAUGGAUGCGGGCAGGGUGGUCCUGCCGGCGGACGAACCGACCCGCUGGGGUGCGUUCGAGGACUGUGCGAACGAUUACGACUGCGCGACCGGCAUCGUGACGCAGUACAUGGAAAAGUACGGCACCGACUGCAACGGGGACGGGCUGGUGGACUGCGUCGACUACACGAUGCUGCACGUGAACGGUGGGCCGCGCUGCCAGGGUGCGCUCGGUGGCACGUUCGCCAGCCGGUUCUACCAGUGUUUGCGCGCGGGUAAGCGCGAUUCGAGUCGAACUUUCGGAUAGUACUAGCCCAAAAUGAAUAGCCGGGGACCGAGACAAACUGUACGCAAGCCCCAAAGCACUACUCGCGCGAUGGGUCGGUAGCAAUUGCAUUGCACUUCAUAGUAGCUGGUAUAAUUGGAAACCUGUUCUGUUUUUGUUUCUGUCUCUGCAAGCCCAAACACUAAUUAAGUUCAACAAAGCACACACACACAGUGCUUCUCUCGAUGUGCGAAAACAAGUAAACGUAUCAAUAUAUAGAUAUGUGUGUAUAAUAAUAAUAAUAAUAAUAAUAAUAAUAAAAAAUAAACAAACAAACAAACCUAA